GGAUUCUUGGAUAGUCAAUUUAGUCAGCUGUAUCAACUUCAAGAUGAAAGCAACCCAGAAUUCGUGAUUGAAGUUGUGUCUCUCUUCUUUGAGGAUUCUGAAAGGCUUAUCAAUGAUCUUUCCAGCGCUCUGGAUCAGCCUGAUGUGGAUUUCAAAAAGAUCGAUGCUCAUGUUCAUCAGCUGAAAGGAAGCAGCUCCAGCAUUGGUGCUCAGAGGGUGAAAAAUUCUUGCAUUACUUUUCGCAAUUUCUGCGAAGUGCAAAAUACUGAUGGGUGUGUGAGAUGCUUGCAACAAGUUAAACAAGAGUAUCUGCUAAUCAAGAGCAAGCUUGAAGCUCUAUUUCAGUUGGAGAAACAGAUUGUGGCAGCUGGUGGAUCGAUUAACAUGGUGGACUCGAUGAACUAACAAUGCAGAGGCAUAGGAAACAUAUUAGGUUCUGUUUGGAGAAACUUGUCUGAGUAUUUCUUUUCUUUUUCUGUAAAUUACUUUGUUAAGCUUAAGCUACUUUUAGCUUCUGAGGUUCUGCCUUUUAUCAACUUUUAUGAAACUGAUAUGCUGCAUCUUGUUCUGAA